GCCAGCAGCCCAGCACUGUCUCCGGCGGCGACCCACCUACCACCCCACCUUCCCCUUCCCAAGCGGAGCAGUAUAACCCAGUAGCCCAACAACCUCGCUGAAACGCGCCACCAGCCAACGAGCAAAGCAAGAGCCGCAGCCGGAGCUGCUCCAAUGGCAUCUUUCUCCUCCCUCGCUGCCACCUCCUCCUCCACCUCCACCCCGUCUUUCACCCUCCCCACAAAAACCUCCCCUGGCACAGCCUCCCUGUCAUUCCCCAGGGCGAGAGAGUCGCUGAAGUCCAGGGCCAGGAUGGUGACGGUGCGGGCGGAGGCGGUUGACACGACCAUCAGCCCGCGGGUGAGCGCGCUCAGGCCGUCCAAGACCAUGGCCAUCACCGACCAGGCCACGGCGCUGCGACAGGCCGGCGUGCCAGUCAUCGGACUCGCCGCCGGGGAGCCAGACUUCGACACGCCGGCCGUGAUCGCUGAGGCUGGGAUGAAUGCCAUCAGAGAUGGGGCUACAAGAUACACGCCUAAUGCCGGAACUCUGGAGCUGAGGAAGGCUAUCUGCAAAAAGCUUGAGGAGGAGAAUGGUCUAUCGUACACACCCGAUCAGGUGCUAGUAAGCAAUGGAGCCAAGCAGUGCAUUACACAAGCAGUGCUUGCUGUAUGCUCACCUGGUGAUGAAGUUUUGAUACCUGCUCCAUAUUGGGUCAGCUACCCUGAGAUGGCUAGACUGGCUGGUGCAACGCCAGUUAUUCUCCCUACAAGCAUAUCAGACAAUUACCUGCUAAGGCCAGAGUCACUUGCCUCAGUGAUCAAUGAAAAUUCAAGGAUCUUGAUUCUCUGCUCUCCAUCUAAUCCAACAGGGUCUGUGUAUCCUAAGGAGUUGCUUGAGGAGAUUGCUGCUAUAGUCAGAAAGCAUCCUAGGCUCCUAGUUUUAUCUGAUGAGAUCUAUGAGCAUAUUAUCUAUCAACCUGCGAAACACACAAGCUUUGCUUCAUUGCCUGGAAUGUGGGAAAGAACGUUAACUGUGAAUGGAUUUUCUAAGGCUUUUGCUAUGACUGGCUGGAGACUCGGAUACUUAGCUGCCCCUAAACAUUUCGUCGCGGCCUGUGGAAAGAUCCAAAGCCAGUACACCUCUGGGGCCAGUAGUAUAUCACAGAAGGCAGGGCUUGCAGCUUUGAACCUAGGUUAUGCUGGUGGUGAAGCAGUAUCAACCAUGGUCAAAGCAUUCCAGGAGCGUCGUGAUUACCUAGUAAGAAGCUUUAGGGAGCUGCCAGGAGUAAAGAUAUCCGAACCUCAGGGAGCCUUCUAUUUAUUUAUCGACUUCAGCUCAUACUAUGGGUCUGAGGUGGAAGGUUUUGGUACCAUCAAGGACUCUGAGUCCCUCUGUUUGUUCCUGUUGGAAAAGGCACAGGUUGCACUUGUCCCUGGGGAUGCAUUUGGCGAUGAUAAGGGCGUUCGCAUUUCAUAUGCUGCAGCUAUGUCAACACUGCAAGCUGCAAUGGGAAAGAUUAAAGAAGCAAUGGCUCUGCUCAAGCCCCCUGUUGCUGUUUAACAAAACCAACAUAUCGCUAAUCAGUUGUGGACCAGGGCUUCUGCAUUGUUGUAUCAUAGGAAAUAUAUUCAAUUGACGUAAAAUAGGAUCCAUCUACUUCCCUUUUUGGAAAAAUUAUUUCUGCUGUCAUUUGGCUUUGGUUUGUAUCUGAAGAAUUGGAUAUACUUGCUAUAAUUUAAAUAAACUCUGCAAUGGAUUUUUUUUUACCUGCAA